CCACAAUCCUCCAGGCCCACAGGAAAACACCAAGACCAAAAAUAACAGGAUCAAAAGUCAUCAGCUGAACUUGAUUACAUUCAGUAUUCACUCAAGAAACAAGAAAGAGAAAUAUGCCGCUUAAUUUAGUACAGAGCACCUCAACAUUUCAAUCAUCUUUGCAAAAAACAGCAACAAUUACUCAUUUCAAGUUGUACAAUCACAACCCAUUUGCUGUUACUACUACUACUACUUUGCUUCCUAAAACUCUUCUUCCUGAUUUUCCAAUUAAACCCACAUUAACCCUCAAAUAUUUUCUUAAUUCUAGAGCUUAUUGUAAGAAAAAUUACUUGGGUCACUCUAAUACAAGCUCAAUUUCUGCUUCUUUACUUGAAAACCCUAUCUUGUGGGCUGGAAGAAUUUGUGUAUUUUAUGCUCUUUUAAAGGCUGGUUUAGCUGGAUCUCAGUCUAAUCCUAUACUUUCAGAUUUAGGGGCUGGAAUCAGUCAGGAUGAUGCUGAUUUGGGGUUCUCUAAGUGGUUGGAGAAGUUCCAGAAGAAUCCAGACAAAGAAGCUGCCGACAAGCGGAAGUUGGUGAGCAAAUGGCAUCCUACAACAAAAGGAACACUAAGAAGGAACUAUAGGAUACCUUCCAAACCAGAAGGGAGACGGCUUCUUAAAGCUAUUGCAUCCUUACUCUCUGAAGAUGAUCACUUCAUAGAUGCUACUUCCCACAAGGGUUGCCAAGUUAGAAGGGAGAGUGCGCACGGAGAAAGUGUAUGCUGCAACAAUGUUAGAGCAUUAUUUGACGAGCUCCCAACGCCACAUCUUAUAGUUGAGAUCACACCCUUUCCUGCUGGACCUCUAACAGAGAAGGAUUAUGCGAAAGCAGAGAAACUAGAGAAGGUCCUCAGAUCUAGCCCUUCUGUUUGAUUUUGCUCCAGAGAGCUUGGCGACUAACUUUGUAAAUAAUGACACCUGACACAGUUGCAUUUUUAAGACUUGUGUUCAUCGCUCUAUCGCUUUGUUCCCAGAGGGCAUUGAGCCCUAGUUCUAUGAAUCAACGGGGUUAUGUAGUUGUGGUGAAAGAAUAAUCCUUCAGUUUUAUAGUUUUAUGAUGCAUUUUACUUCCA